AUGCGUCUGCUGUCUUCGCGCGUGCGGGGCCUGGCGUCGGUGCCGCCGCUGCGGCAUGCGCCGCGUGCCGCGCACCUGUACGGUGCUGCACAAGUGAGUGGAUCGUUAGGGCACAGCGUGGUGCCCGAAAGCCUGGUGCGCCGCGCCGACGAGCCGGUCGAGUCGUCGGCGAUGCAGCGACUCUCGCCUGCUGCACGCCUCGGUACGAGCAAGGUGAACGGCAAUUCGGUCGUCUACCUCCCUGACGCGCUUGCAGACGCGGUCGAGAGUCAUGUGCUGCGUGGCAGCAAGCUGCAGCUGCGUCGCGACGCCACCCACCUGCUGGACCUGAAGAAAACGCCACAGCCCGGCACGUUUGGCCUGGCGCCGAGUGCGAGUGAUCAUUUUGCCGACUCGCUGCACGGCACGCGCGCCGCAUCGCUGUACCUCGCGACCAAGUUUCCUGCGCGCUACGCCGUGCUCGUGCGCGUCCUCGACGAGGUGCGCCGCCGCAUGCUGCCGGAUGCCGGCGGCGACGUGUGGAUCCCCGAAAAGAUCAUGGACUACAACUGCCAGGCGGCCGACGUGCUGUGGGCUGCCCGCGCAGCCUUUGGCGCGCCGAUGCGCGACUAUAGUGCCGAGGCAUGGUCGACCGAGCUCCUGUCGACCGCCUCGCAGCUCGUGCGCGAGCUGCGGCGCGAUCCUGCGUCGCACCUCGGCGCGCUCAGUGCGUCGUUCCGCCUGCGGGGCGACAAGCCGAGCGUCGUAGGACGUGCGCCGCGCGACGUUGCGCCGACGUCGACCCUGGGCGUGCUCGCGUACGGCCUCACGCCGCUGCCGAACGAUGCGGCACGCGAGCGCCAAGUCCUGCGCCUCUGGAAGAGCGGCGCGGAGGCGAUUGUGCUGGUCGAGGAGGCGACGCCGCGUGGGUUUGCGGCGAUCGCGUCCGCACGCGCGCAGCUGCUAGCCCUCGGCAAGGACGGCCAAGAGAGCCACGUCGUUGCGCCGUGCCCGCACGACGGGGCGUGUCCUAUGCUGCAUGCGCACGCCGUCCUGCCGCCGUCGCGCAGCGUGCCAAACGUGUGCAGCUACUCGCAAAUGUACCAUGCGCCGUCGCCAACGCGCGCGACGCUCCACGACGGGCGCAGCGACCGCGUGGAAGAGUACUGCUAUGUCGUCGUGCGCCGCGGCCCUCGGCCGUCGCUCGCGGCGUCUGCGGCGGCGUGGAGCGAGGCGGUGCCGUUUUCGCGCCCCACGCUCGACGCGUCGCUCGCGGCGCUCGCAGCAGAGUCCAAGAGCGGCAUCCUCGACGAGCUGCGCAGCGAAAAGCGGCAGCUCGUCGAGGUCGGCACAGAGGCCGAGGUCGGCCACGAGCACGAGGCGUGUGCGGCUGCGCUGCGUGAGCACGGCGUCGACGCGCAGCGCGUGAUGCAGCUCGACGCAUUUUCGUGGCCCCGCCUGAUCCGCACGCCGCUCAAAAAAGGGGGGCAUGUCACGCUCGAUGCGUGCUGUCCGUCGGGGGCGCUGGAGCGCUUUACGAUCGCCAAGUCAGCCGGCCGCCAGGCGUACCAAGACGCACGCAAAGCGCGCGACGGCGAGCUCUUUGCACACGCCGACAAGAGCAGCCGCCCGACGGUGGUGCGCGAGGCGGUCGACGUCGAGUACGCCGACGCACCGAAAAGCCACGAGGCGUACAUGGCCCUGGGGCCCGACGCCCAGCUCAGUGCACGGACCGCCGGCAUGCCCAAGGUCCCGAAACGCGUCGCGCGGCGCGCACCCAAGCGCCGCAUCCUCGACGCGGACCGCGCAGGACGCCUGAGCCGCAAGCCCGACCGCGCCGCCCUCGACGACGAGUUCCGCGAGGCGGACUGGUAG